AUGGAUACCGACUGUGAGAAAAGGUUAUUAAAACAAUUUCUGGACGGGCUCGAAACAAAUGAAUUAUGCAAAAUCGUCCGAUCCAUCUACCACGGUGGUGGAAUCUCUGCCAAUACCCGACAAGAUGCUGAAUUGUUACUGUUAUCUCAACCUUCUGUACGGGUAUUGUCCAAUAAAAAAGUUCAAAUAACAAUGUUGUUGAAGUUUUUAAUUUCAAAAGGCUUAAUACCUACUACUGAUAUGACAAAAGCAGAUUUGUGUUUGGCUUUUAAGUCAUUAGUCGAAAGUCAACCAGAUUACAUCAGACCACCAGUACAGCCUAUGCAAAUGUCUGUUCCUAAUAAUAUGCUUGCAAUCUCUCAGAAUAAUAACAUGAUGCAUCCUCAACCAUAUCAAGCUGUUCAACAGAUGCCUAUGCAAAUACCAACACUAAAUACUCCUGCAAUAGAACCCAAUCCAAAAUCUCGAAAAGAUCGUGAUAAAGAAUUACUAGAAGAAUUUAUUGAAAUGUUUGCUAAACAUUUUUAUGAUUUAUUAAAUGAUCUUGGUAUUCCAGGAAAAAACCAACUGGAUUGUCGUCAUUUUUAUGAAAAUUGUACAAUGUCAUUGAAAAUUCUUGGUGGCAGCAAUGAAAUCUUUGAGACUUGUGAAGAUUCUACAUCUACAUUGCAGUGCUUAUUAGGUAUCAAGAAAGAACACUUACUCUUUUUUUCACCACAUUUAGGCGAUGUUAAAUGGAAAAAAGAAUCACAUGGUUUAGUAAAAGUGCAUAUUGGUGGAACACUUCAUCAAGGUGUUGGAAGAAUGGUUGGCAUGUUUGAACAACAAUUUAUACUUAGAGAAGAUCCUCAAGCAGAAAACACCUGGAAAAUUCUUAACACAAAUUUUAUGAUGAAAAGUAUGGACUUAAUAACAGCUGGACCUACUUUAAGCAUACAAGGACCUCACCAAACAAACAAUUUACAAAUUGAUAAUGUUUAA